GCAACGCAAGGCUCCCAGGAGAGACAGCAGGAAGCAGAGAAGGGCUGAGGAGCAGGAUGUGCAUCCACCUUUGAUGUAAACUCACUGCCCCAGUUGAGCGAACCAGACACCUGAAAAUCUGCUAGCUAGGGACUCACAGACCAACAGCCUCAGCAGGGAGCCCGGAGCUCUCUGUGAGCAUCUUUUUUUGUGUCCGGCCAUCACCAGUUUUCUUUACCAUCACCUUUAAACCACAGGGCAGAUUCUGACAUGGAAUUGUCGAAAAUGUCAGACAUGACAAAGCUCCAUCAGGCCGUGGCAGCAGGCGACUACAAUUCAGUGAAGAAGAUUUUGAAGAAAGGUCUCUGUGACCCAAACUACAAGGAUGUGGACUGGAGUGACAGGACGCCACUCCACUGGGCGGCGAUCAGAGGCCAAAUGGAGGUGCUACAUCUCCUGAUACAAUAUGGAGCCAGGCCCUGCUUGGUAACCGACGUGGGCUGGACCGCAGCUCACUUUGCGGCUGAGUCCGGCCAUCUGAACGUCCUCAAGACUCUGCACGCACUGCCCGCUGCCAUUGAUGCUGCCGACUUCUUCGGAGAUACACCCAAGAGGAUCGCGCAGAUCUAUGGACAGAAAGCCUGUGUGGACUUCCUGGAGAAGGCAGAACCAGAAUGCCGGGACCACCGCCAGAGAGGGCUGUUGCUCGAUGAACAGGACCCAGACUGGGACCUCAAGAAAAGGGAGCUAGAGCUGUCUCUUCCCGCCCCAGAUCCAAACACCAACAAAAAGAAUAAGAAAAUCCGAGGCUCCACCAAGCUCAGCCAUUCCAAGGCCUGGAGGUUAUGAGAAGGGAAGCCUGGGGACAGACUCAGGCAGACCUAGGACCCAGCACGGAGCCAGAGUUGUUGCUAGGCUUCUUCAUCUUGACGGGAUUUGACUCAGUCACCCUUACCCAGGCUUCUACAGAAAGUCACAGCGAACCAUUCAGUUGGAAAGUCUUUCCGCAGUGUUCUAUCAGAGCCAAUGUCUCGGUGCCAACCCAGAAGUUUGACCCUGAGUGGACCUGACAGCCAACAGCUGCUUGCAUUUCGUUUUAGUGGAGUUUCAGCAUGCCCCGCCCCUCACCUUCCGACACAUCCCACAUAGUUACAGAAUGUUCAAGAUCAAAGAAAGAGCUCUUCCAAUGUAAUUGAUUAGUCUAGGGCAGAAUAAAAAAAGUGAAAUUAAAAACAAAACAAAACAAAACAAAACUUUUUAAAACUUCCCAAUAUGAUGAAUUCAAUCCAUGAAUAAAAUUAUUUUUGGUCACAAAGACUAAGUAAAAGCAAACGCUCUCACAAUGUUUAGCAUUUCUUUCUUUCUUUCUUUGUGGGAGCCCACAGUGCCAGCAUUGGCAAAUUUUCCUAUCAUCCACCCACCUAGGAGCAAUGGUAUGUGCAUGCGAUGGACCCACUCGGGGUGAGACAACUGGAAAGCCUGGCAUGAAGGGACUCUGCCCCACCUAACCGAGCGUUGGCAGAAAAUGACGAAACAUGGCUUUGUUGGUCUAGUUUUCCAGUUGUAGAUUUUACAAAAGUUAGACCAGGUAUUUUCAAGAAAAGUAUAGCAUCUAUCAAAGUUUUCAAGACAGCACAAGAAAAGUUAAUUGCCUUGUUAUCAGCUUUUAAUAUUGAUUUGCUGAAAUAUGUCAGAUGUUUUAAUGCCAGUAAAGAUACUAUUACAAUUAAUUUUACUAUCUACUUUUUAUUUUUAAUUGUUUCUAAGUAUGAAAUUAUAUGGUGUGUUACACGCCAUUGGGUUUUAACUCCAGGUUCUUUGUGAGUAGUGCUAUGAGGACUCAGUGCCCUUCUCCCCAGAGAGUGAUGAGUAACCAGACCAAGCAAGAGAAUUGUCUUUAUAAUGGUUCUUUACUAGCAACUUCAAUAUCCAAUGCAUCCAUGGGGUUUACAAUCUUAACAUACAAACAAUUCAAUAUCACAAUUAUCAAUCCUACUAAUCCUAAUACGUAAAAGCAAUUUCUAACUUCCAUUUGACAUAUCAAUUAUCUAUAAAACACUUUGUAACCUCAAAACAACUUAUCAAUGAACAUUUCCUAAUCUUAUCAAUUAUCCAUAAAAUAUCUCUUAACAUUUCACCCACUAAACACACGCAUAACAUUUCACACACCAAACAUACAUAUUAACACAUCUAUGUUCUCCUCUUAACAUUCACACACACAUUAAAUAGCAUCAUACAACCUGAUAUUCUUUUGUAGUCCUGAAAAGGACUUUUGGGUUUCUUCAGGCUGGAUGCCUGAUUGCACUCCCCUUAGUCUGUAUUUGGGAGAUAAGGCAUUCGAUGUCCUGGUCUUAGGCUGGUACUGGGUGCUGGAUCAACUCUUGACCGAGUAGCCUGUGGUCUGGUGCUAGGAAUGCAGGGCCUUUGGACUCUGCUUUUGGGUGACCAAGUCUCGGGAGACAAGGCUUUAGCUCUCGGGUAGCGAGGCUCUGCUUUUGGGAUGACAGAGUCUCGGGAGACAAGGCUUUUGUAGGAUCUGCUAUGAGGCUUCAACAGUGUACCAGGGCCAUCUUGAUGGUGAGACGACUGUCUUUCUUUUGCUUCUCUUUUAUAUAUACGUUAGUGAAAGCCCCCCCCCCCCCAUGACCCACGUGCCUACAUACUAUGUUAAACUCUGCUGAAAAUUUAGCUGGGCCCCGGGGCUCAGAGGAUGCUAAAAAUGGAUAUCUAUGGGUUGCAGACUCACUGACUAGGCUAAGGAGAGGGAUACUCCACCCCCAAGGCAUUCUAUCUAAAUGCUCAACUUGCUGCAGAGUGCUAUAUCUAGCUUUGUGGUUUUUCGGGACUAAGGAGAAGGAAUACUCUAUCCCCCAAGAUAUCCUAUCUAAACUGUCAACUCACUGCAGGGUGUUUUAUCUGUCUAUGGUUUUUUGGGGAAAUUCGAGAAUAGACAUGGGGCCAUUCCCAGGAUGAGCUAAGCCCACCUAUUUGAGAGCCAAUGAAAUGCUUGUACUAUACUAUCCUCUUAUGUAAUCAUUUUUCCCUAUAAAUAUGGUUGUUUGAGUUUGCCCGGGGUGUGCAGUUGGCGUAAGCUACUGUUGCACCCACAGGCGCCUGUGUAAUCAAUAAAGACACCUCUUGCUG